ACUUUCAUUUUCCUCCUAGAACAGAAGCUGGUUGAUAGCUGAAGUGAGACGCUCCAUCGUUCCCUUUCCCAGAGCAGGUACACCCCUAAGGCAGGACAAAAAAAUCCUUCUUGAUGGAAAACAAGAAUCACCAUUUAUCUAGCUCCCUUCCAAGAAGCCCCUCACCGAGUACUUUGAUUCACACAAUUGAUCUACUGAAGACUGACCUUACCUGCUCCAUCUGCUGGGAGUGGCUUCGGGAUCCUGUCUCCCUUGAAUGUGGCCACAACUUCUGUGCUCAGUGCAUCACCUGCCAUUGGGAUUCAGGUGUUCCAGGUUCCCAACCACCUUGCUGCCCUGAGUGCCGGAGGAGGUGUGAUAGGAGGCAGCUAGUUCCAGACACCCGGCUUCGGAGUCUAUUGGAGACUAUGAACUUGCUUCAGCAGAACACAAACUCAAACCAGCCCUACAAUGUUUACAAUGGAGAGGCAAAGCAGCUGGUUCAAACUGACUCCACGGGGGGUUUCACCCUCUUUCCAGAGGUUCUGGCUCAAUGUCUGAAUCACCCUCAAGCCAAGGACAGUCCAGUCUGUCUCAUCUCUGUCCAGGGGGAGCAGAGAACGGGAAAGUCUUUCCUUCUCAACUAUCUAAUCCGAGGAAUGCAGGGUCUGGAGUCCAAGGAUCCCCAGUGGAUGAGAGGAGGAAGAGCUUUUUCAGGGUUCCAGUGUGAACCAGGAGCUGAAGGCAUCACUAAGGGCCUGUGGCUCUGGAGCCAGCCAUUUAUUCUGGAGAAGGAUGGGAUGAAGGUGGCAGUGUUUCUUGUGGACACAGAAGGUGCUUUGAGUCUAGAACAGGACAAGGAAAUGAAUGCUAAGCUCGUGGCCUUCAGUAUGCUGCUCAGCUCUCACCAGAUUCUCAAUGUCUCUCGGAUGGUCAAGGAAACAGAUCUGGAGCUUCUGGAGAUGUUCCUCCACAUUGCUGAAGAGAUGGGAGAAUAUUUUAAGAUGGAACCAAUACAGCAUCUGGAUUUCUUAGUUCGUGACUGGUUUUAUCCAGCUACAUUUGGAAAGCAGGCAGGCCAAAGAUACAUGAUUGAUGUGAUCCAGAAAAUUUCCGACAGAUAUCCCAGGAUUCAGAAGACUCUUAAGAGGGAACAAGCCUGCUGCUAUCUCUUGCCAUUUCCUGGAAAAAAUGUGGUAGUUAACAGCAAUGGAAAUCCAGAAGACAUGGAUGAAGAUUUCUAUCAAUAUCUACAUGACUACAUCAUUGAUGUUUGCAAUUCAGCCACUCAGCAUGUGAAAAGGCACUCAGAUGGACAUAUUCUCACUGGAGGGGAAUUAGCUGAAAACACCAAGACACUCUUUGACCUGUUAAAGAAGGAAGAAUUUGGAUUUUCAUCCUCGUUUGAUUCGGUGGUUACUCAGCUCCAUGAUCUGAGGAUGAUUGAGGCUGCUACAAAAGAGUUGGAGGAUUUUGUGAAGGAACAGAAUUCUGUCACGAAGUCCGUAUUUGCUUCUGUGAAGAUUCUUCCUGGAAACAUGCAGAAACGCCUCUCAGCCAAGAAAGAUAAAAUCUUAAAUCAUCUCAAAGAGACUUUGAAGAGCCCAGGGAAGAAUCAAAUCAUGAACAGAAUUGAGGAAGAUAUUCAGAAGAUAGUUAAGGACUUCCUGGAUUCUUAUAAAAAGCGUUUCUGUGGCCACACUGCUGCCCUGGGUGGACUUGCUGGGGCAGGAAUCCUGGCGGUGGCCGGUGGUGUAGUGGGAACUGCUGUGGUAGCUACUGCUUUGACUGUGGAGGCUGCAGCUGUGGCCACAGGGGCUACUAUGGGUGCCACAGUGUUUGGGUGUGGUCUAGGGGCUGGCAUUGGGGCUGCUGUGGGUAAGGCCAAAGGUAGGGAAAGAGUUCCUCAAGAGGGAGAGGAAAACCCUCUUCUGAAGGAUGAUGAAUGAACCCUGGAAAACCAAGUAGAAGGAAAGAGGGAGGGAGAAAGAGCAAUGAAGUAUGGGGCCCUUUGGACUACCAGACCUUGUUUGUUUAACAAGGUUAGGGCACUGGGGUGGUGGCUAGGAUAUUGUUGAGUAUUUGACCUAGCAAGUAAAAGAUGGACCCGGAUUUACUGACCUAGUAGGAGUAAGCAGUGCUUAGGCCACGUAGGAUAUGGUGGCUUUAGGACCUAUUUCGUGGGCCUGUGUGGUUUGUCACUGAUUUUAUGCUCUUUCUAGAUUAGGUCUUCCCUGGGCUCCCUUCCUACUAUCUACUGGUAAUUGACCCUCCCCCUCCUAACUCUCCAUUCCCAACUCAGGAGGCAAUUAUUUCACCUGUCCUCAAAGACUGACCACAGAACAGUGUCCUGUUUCACUUCUACUCCCUGAGGCCAGAUAGGUCUUGGCCCUGACUAGGAGUGUAUGGAUGGUCUACCUGCCAUCUAGCCUGUACUUGGUCUGAUCUAAAUGAUUUCUGAAAAGAUAAGAUAGAGCCUAGCCCCCAAAUCCCAGUCUAAAGCAGACAGGAUACUAUUUUGUGCCUCAGGGAGUUUACUGAUCACAGCUAACCAAGACCAGAUAAAACCCUAGUCUAAAUUUCAUUGCUGAGAGAGCAGGGAACCUAUAGCAUCUAGCUCACUGUAGAGGGAAUGAAACCCUCAAUGGACUAAAGCAGAAUGUUCAUUGAAGAGAGAGGAAAGACAAAGAUGAUGGACCAAAUUACAGGGAGAACAAUGCCACAGAUGCCUGUUCCUACAUAGGAGCAAGUAGUGUUACUGCCAGAGAACCCUUCUAGUCCCUUCCCCUGGUGCUAAAAUAGAACAUAAGGAAGCCAAAAUAUGCCUCUUUUUGGGGGGAGCAAAGUAUGUUGGAAAGAACAGUGGAUUUGGAGUCUGAAGACCUGGUUUCAAGUCCCGUCUCUUCCAUUAACUAUGUGACCUUGAGUAAGGCUCUUUAUUUUUCUCAUCUGACAAAUAAGGAUCCCUGUCUUAUCUACUUCACAAGACUUUUGUGAGAAGCAAAUGUGAAAGAGCUUUAUCAAUUGUAGUAUUUUAAGGAAGAGUCAAACCCACUCUAGUGGGUAGAUUUUUCAGGAUGCGGUUAAUUCAACUAGGGGCAACAGCUAUUGGCCAGUAUUAGGGAACAGAGGAUAAUGGGCUAGGCUCUUGAUGUAAAAGGAAUUGAUGGGUCUUUUUUGUGCUAAAUAUAAUAUAAAGGGAAGCAACAUUGUACAGUAGGGAAAAAAAGUAGCUUUAGAUUCAAAAGAUCUGAGUUCAAAUCCCAUCUCUGAUACUUAUCUGUGUGACUUUGGCUAGAGUUAUUUGACCUCCCUGAGCCUAAAUUUUCUUAUUAAUAAAAUUAAGAGAUUGGGCUAGAUGGCUUCUAAGAUUUCUUCCAGCUCUAGACCUGUGAUUUUAUGUUCAACCUAAAAUUGGAUGUCAAGGAUAUGAAUAAAUGAAUUUAAAAGCA